GUCAGCAUCCCCUCAAAUAGGAACCCGCUGCUGUCACUUAAGCUCUGCGCACUGAGAGACGGACGACUCUAACCCCGAAACAACAAUUUAAAGGUUUUCCUGAGCAGGCGGUCUGUGUGGCAGAGUUUUAUCUCGAGUGGAAGUGAGUGAGCGAGUGGGUGUCAUGGAUGAUAGCAAAGCAAAUGUCGAGGACCCUCCCUACCAGAACUUGCUGCUCCUGGGAGCCAUUGCAGCAGCAUCUGCCUUUGUGGUCACCAUCCUUAUUGUCCUUGUCUGCGUCGGCUGCCAAAGAAAAAGCAAGAGCAAGCACCCCCCAGCCGGAGAAAAAGGGACAUCUGUAAAUAUGCAGGGUACACUUCGGCAUCCAAAACUGAACUCCAUGAGCAAAUCUGACACCAGGCUGCAUGAGAUCAAUCGCUUUCCCUGCAAUGGAAACUCUGUUAGCAAGAGCCGUCCAGCCAGUAUGGACCUCCUGCUCCUCCACAGUCGGUGCUCCCAGACAGACCUGAGGCCCUCCCAUGGGCGCCAGCUCCCCCAGAUCCCCACCAGUCCCCAGGGAUCUGGCCAGCCGGGGCCUAAGGUACCCUCGGCCCCGCCUCUCACAUCAGCCAACACUCCAGCUAUAAUCAGAGCUGCUCAAAGUCCCCCAGCUCAUGCCAAUGGAGCACGCAAUGGAAAUGGGCACGGGAACGGUGGCAGAGGGAAUGGCAGAGGGAAUGGCACCAUUAACAGUCCAAUGACAGGAAGAGGUAAUGGGGCGAGUGGGGUCAAUAGGUCCCCUCUGCCUUCUGUUAACUCCUUGGCCAUUCAAGAUCCAACUGCAGCUGAGUACGCUUCCAUACGGAAGUUCAGAAAGGUUGACAAGACAAACAGGAAGGAAAAUAACGGGGCCGACAGCCAGUCAGACAGCCAGUCGAGCGUGAGUGAGUCACCUUCUGCUGCUCCUCCUCCAAUACAUCGCAGUCAGGAGUUUCCACGCAAGCCGCUGGAGCCAUUUCACCUGCAGUCCUUCCCAAAGGAGGCGGUCUUCAUGGGCAACGGGGAGCAGUACAUCUGGAAGCCUCCAGAAGACGAUGACAUCAUCACCUUGCACCCACCUCCACACCGUGGAGAGAACGGACAGGGGCACCCAUCUCCCCCAACUGCGAAGGAGAUUGCAGACACUUACUCCAUCGUGUGUAAAACUCAAAAGAAGAAACCUCCCAUGGAAAACAACGGAGCAAAGACCCUCCCACGCUCCUUUGGUGGGGAGAGAGGAAAUGCAGGUUCCCGGGGCCGAGGCAGAGGAGUCCAAGGCCAGGCACGUUCCCAGGAGGAGCCCUGCUAUGAGCCGGUAGGAGACAGGUCCUGGCCUGCAUGCGUAAUGGCUGAGUCUGACCCUGCGUACGCUACUAUCGACAGCCACCGGAAACGUGAGCAGGGGGGAACCAAUAACAGCACAGCUGGGGGUAAUGCCACUCUGAAGAGAAAGAAGCAAACACCUCAUCAGCAACUGCAGGCAGCACCAGCGGCACCUCAGGCCUCAGGACCCAGUGCCCUGCCUGUUAGAGGCCUGCCUGGUGGGGAAAACUUCUAUGAGAGCAUCAGUGAUGUGAAACAAGGGGCCAACAGCUCCAGCACCACCACCAUCUUCACCUUCAAUGAUGGGAUGGAGAUGUACGUCACUGGCCUGUAGCUGGCUGACAGGGAGAAAUGGCCCAGAACCCUCUGGUACAGAGUCAUGAAAGGGACCUUCCUGUUCACCGGCCAGCAGGUUGCUGUACAUAGAUACAAGGCCCUCUAUGGACAAACAACAUGAGGAUCCAUUUUGUGUUGACAUCAGGUACAAACAGGGUCUUAAUCCAGGUUCAGAUUUCCCUUAACUGGUCUGAACUUCAGAACCAGCCUAAGCCUAGUCCAGCCCAAAUAUGGACCAAAUGCAUUUUAACAAAGAAAAAAAAAACAAAGAAAAGAAAACUGGAAUAUACAUCUUCAACCUACUGUGUCACAGACCAUACUCACCUGUUUGUGCAUCAUUUUCCAUAAUAUCUUUAUUUUUAUAUGAACACUGUACUCUUUAAAGAGUAUGUGGUGUAACUCACAACCUGAGAAAAACACACUUUAAUAUAUAUAACAAAGGAAAUGUGCAUGCAUUGUGGAAAUUCAAACACACACCUGAAAUAGACAGUAGUAGCAAGGAAGCUGGCUAUAUUAUGAGUAUGAGGUACACUGUUAGCUAUUGUCACCCAUAUACACACACACACGCACACACACACACACACACACACACACACACACACACACACACACGCACGCACGCACAAGCACAUGCCUCAUCUUGGGGGAACUUAUGUAAUAUAAAGAGAUGGAUGUCACACAGAUUUGCGGUGCUUAGCUCUCACUAAGCAAACAUCUUAAACAGGUUCUCUGUGCACACUGGCCUAUUGCCCAGCAGACAGCAUUGUGGUGCUUUGUUCAAACAUAUGCCUGUAAUUUGUAGGCCUCCUUAAGCACAGAAGUAAGUGAAGGCUAUUGUCCCUGUUUCACAAAUGACCAUCAAUGUGCCCUAAACACAUUAGCAUUUACCAAAAGCAGCCCUCAUGAUAACUAUAAAAAGUGACUUUUGCACAACCUUCACAUAAAUUAUGAGAUUAGUUAAGAAUCCACACUCAGAUUUGACAAUCAUCUGUAGCCAGAAACAUGAUGACACACCCCCACACUGAUACACACAUACUUGGCAGAGUCAUGUAGGGUAAAGUGAUCAGGUCAGGGGCAUUGAGUGAGUUGUGCAAGAAUCUCCCCAGAGGGAUAUGGGUAAAAGAUUUCACAAUUACUGUAUGAUGGCAGGGAUGGGAUAAAUGAGAGAAGAAUAUUUUCAAAAAAUAAGGAAGCAAGGAAGCAAGAGAGUGUCCAAAAUAACACAGGAUGCUUUAUCUUUGCAGCUAAUAUGUCAUGUCUUUUGGGCUCUGUAAACAUCUGAUUUUAUGACCAUUGUAAUUUUGUAGUGGACAGCUGCAGGACUGGUUGGCUUAAUUGCGUAUCAAUGUGCUCUAAAGGGCGUUUCCAAACACAGUUCGGAUUCGCUCCCUGGUCUCAAGUCAAAGACAGAGAUCCCCAUAGCUCACCAGACUUAAGUCUGGUGGUUGAAAUAGCAACAGAAGGCUUGGAGUCCAAGAAAAAUAAAACACUGGGCAUAAAAAUUACCAGCGAGUGUCCUUUGGAAGGUUGCCCCUCGCCCUCUCCCCACCCUCAUCUCUAGCCUCUGCACUGAGUUCUCUUCCAUUGUAAACAAUUUCUUUCCCAUGUAGCUUUGGGGAACAUUAAAACAGAGAGAACAGAAGAAAAAAACAAGACAUUAGAGCCUUAAUAAAUGGGCAUAAAGAUAAGAGGUGAAGGGGAAUACAAACUGCUCACAGGCUGAGAGAUGAAGGAUGCAUUAGAAUGAGGUAACUGUGAGACAACCAUGCAGAGAGAAAACGGGUUUAGAAAGGUUAGUAACAUAUAUGAAUAAAUGCUACUGUGUCAGAAAGUAUUUAAAAAUAAAUGCACUCUGUAUUUUAAUGCACUGUUUAUUUUUUCUUACCUACUGACAAUACCAUUGGUUAAAUAGCUCAUGCCACUGCCAUGAAAAUAGUAAGUUUAUGUUGUUGGUGCAAUUUUGCCUGCUUGAUCAAAAAAGUGCAUGCUUUGAUAUAUGGAGAUGAAAACAAAUAUUGUGGUACCUAACUGAGUCUUGUUUGUUGAUCUUUUCUGUUGUACUCUUUUGCCAUAUGAUGCAAAGCAGCAUUCAGUUUUUACAAAGCAACAACUCGGAGGAAGAGGGGAGAGAAAUAGAAAGAUGGCGAGAAGCCACUGAGCGUUUAGGGCAGAGCGUUGUUUAUCCUCCCCUCUGGGGGAGCAAGAAAGAGUGACAGAGGUGGGGGAGGGAGAUGAACAACAGCUAGUAUAAAGCUAGAUGAGGAUCACUGCAAAUGGACACGGAUCCAAAGAGCCCUCCUCCUCCUGAUAUGUGUUUGCGUGCAUGCACACUCACACUGCAACACUGAGCCAUGUGCAUUUCCAGUUAGGGGAGGAAGCACAUAUUGCUUCCACUUGGUCAGGCCCUGAAUACACUCCCUCCCCCAGCUGUGUUCAUCCUCCAGUAACCGACAUAGACCUCUCUUUUCUCUGCUUCACCUCGCUCCCUCGCUGUGCAGGGGAGGGGCCUUUGAUGUCCAGUUCUGAGGGAGUCAGGGAGUGAUAUGGGAGUUGGGGGGGGGGGCAGAGACGGUGGGUCAGGCCAAUCCCAGGCUGAUAUCAAUGAUGCACAAACGGCUCAACUACUGUCCGAUAUGAGAAAUGGCUAACAGCUGAAAUGCUUAACAAGCUCUGUUGAGGCUACCUUUAGACAAUGCUGGCUGGAAAAUGCUAUCACACUUAAUCCUUUCUCUCUGGCUGUCACUUUACGUGUCACAUUUUCUUUAUCCUGAAGGAAAGCACUGAUCUGAUAUAUUUUGUUAAACACUGUUAUACACUGAUCGAGACAAAUGUCAAUUGCACAAACAAAUACAGUAUGAUGAUGUAAAUGUGUAACAUACUCUGUUGCUGUUCUGAUGUUGUUCCAAUGUAACAUACAGUAUACAGUAUAUUUGUUGAAAAAAAAAGAUGGUUAUCACAGACACAUUGUACUUUGUGGAUGCAAAAUGUUUCAUGCUUUCCAUGCAGAUACAGAUGCUGUUUGUUAAUGUCAUCAGAUAUAAUUAUGGGCCAAUACUGAUGUGACAGCUGUAGCCAAUGUUCUAUGUUCUUAAAGCACAGGGUUUAGUUUAAAAAUAGUAAAUAUAAUAAAAUAUAGUGACAGUGCAGAUAUGCAAAAGAUUGUAAUGUUUUAUAUUAACCUUCGUAAAAUAUUAAAGUGAGUUUUUACUUUUCUAAUA